AUUAGCCUAUGUACUGCGUCAGAUGGCGCUGCCUACAUGCGGAAGAGAAACCAAGGAACACCAGGAAUGUCACGAAUCAGAAACCUCCAGUCGUUGUGCUUUUCUGCUCAUUCAGUCGGUGUAUUUUACUCAAACGAGCUCAAGAACGAAUGCUUGAGCUGAUAACAUGGGUUAGCUUGUGUCUGGUUGCGGUAAACUACGGUAAAAAUAAGUCUGUAUCUUCCGCGUCUCCGCCGGGAAAAUGAAGUGUAUGCCCGGUUCGCUUCAGGUGCACGCCGCAUCCAACGGGCAUUUGAUCUCCAUCAUCUUCAUCUCUAAUAUUACAAACGACUGCCAACCCGAUGCAUCCCUUCAGUUCACUUCGGUCUCAGUUUACAGAUACUGACAUGGACUAUGAGAGGCCUAAUGUCGAGACCAUUAAAUGUGUGGUGGUUGGAGACAAUGCUGUGGGCAAAACACGUCUUAUCUGUGCCCGCGCGUGUAAUGCCACUCUCACACAGUACCAGCUACUUGCCACACAUGUGCCCACUGUCUGGGCCAUAGACCAGUACAGAGUCUGUCAAGAGGUUCUGGAACGUUCCAGAGAUGUCGUGGAUGAUGUGAGCGUGUCUCUUCGAUUGUGGGACACCUUUGGAGACCAUCACAAAGAUCGCCGCUUCGCUUACGGCAGGUCAGACGUGGUGGUCCUGUGCUUCUCCAUCGCCAACCCUAAUUCUCUGUUUCACGUGAAGACCAUGUGGUACCCGGAGAUUAAGCACUUCUGUCCUCGUGCCCCAGUCAUCCUGGUGGGCUGCCAGUUGGACCUGCGUUACGCUGACCUGGAGGCUGUUAAUAGGGCACGGAGACCUCUUGCCAGACCCAUCAAAGCGAACGAGAUUCUUCCUCCUGAGAAGGGUCGUGAGGUGGCCAAAGAGUUGGGCGUGCCCUACUACGAGACAAGCGUGGUGGCUCAGUUUGGAGUGAAGGAUGUGUUUGACAAUGCCAUCCGCGCUGCUCUUAUCUCACGGCGCCACCUGCAGUUCUGGAAGUCUCAUUUGCGCGACGUCCAACGGCCACUUUUGCAGGCACCUUUUCUGCCUCCCAAGCCUCCUCCGCCUGUAAUAGUCAUCCCACCACCCCCUUCCACCACUGAAGAGCACCCUGGGCGUCUGUUGGAGGAGCCGCUGUGUGCUGAUGUGGUUCUGGUCCUCCAGGAGAACCAGCGAGUCUUCGCUCAUAAGGUCUACCUCGCCACGGCCUCCUCGAAAUUCUACGACCUUUUCCUCCAGGAUGUAAAGGCCGAGGCUGACUGUAAGCAACCCACUGGCCGAGAGCCUCCCGCACGGGCGGCCAGUUUUGACAUGUGUGAGAGCAGCGAUGAGGAAAGCAGGGUCAACCUCAGAGCCUGCAUCAGUGACGGGACCCUGAUUGGCGCAGACUCUGAUGGAAUUCUGGAGGGCGGUCGAGGUGGGCAUUUUCUGUCGUCUUUGGGUAGGGCUUUUGUCAGCAUCAGGAGGGAAACAGUCCAGGACCCCGUCACGUUCAUCUCCCGGCCGAUGACGUUGGUGCAGAUGGAUCCGUCGGUGUUGCUUGGCCCGUUUCGCGUGGUCAUGCGUUACCUUUACACGGGACAGCUGGACGAACACGAGAAGGACUUGAUGCACAUUGCACACAUUGCUGAGCUGCUGGAGGUGUUCGACUUGCGCAUGAUGGUCGCCAACAUCCUCAACAAUGAGGCCUUUAUGAAUCAGGAGAUCACAAAGGCUUUCCAUGUCCGACGGACCAAUCGGGUGAAGGAAUGCCUGGCCAAAGGAACUUUCUCAGAUGUGGUGUUUAAACUGGAUGAUGGUACCGUUCAGGCCCAUAAACCCCUGCUCAUCUCCAGCUGUGAUUGGAUGGCAGCCAUGUUUGGUGGGCCUUUUGUCGAAAGCUGCACUAAAGAGGUGCUGUUCCCAAACACGACCCGUAGUAGCAUGCAGGCGGUGCUGGAAUAUCUCUACACGGGACGCUUCUGCUCCAGACCUGACCUGGAUGCCAUGGAGCUCAUUAUCUUGGCUAAUCGCCUCUGCCUGCCUCACCUGGUUGCUCUCACAGAACUUCAUACUGUGACUGUGCUGAAGGAGGCUGCCGCUACGGGCACGGACAUUGACGGAGAUGUACUGGUAUAUCUGGAGAUGGCUCAGUUCCACUGUGCCUACCAGCUCACCGAUUGGUGCCUUCACCACAUCUGCACCAACUACAACAACGUGUGCCGCAAAUUCCCCAGAGACAUGAGGGCCAAAUCAGCAGAGAACCAAGAAUACUUUGAGAAGCACCGCUGGCCUCCGGUCUGGUACCUAAAGGAGGACGACCACUACCAGAGAGCUCGGAAAGAGCGGGAAAAGGAGGACUACCUCUCCCAAAAACGCCAAAACAAGCGUAAAUGGGUGCUGUGGAAUCUUCCGCCCUCUCCUUCAAACCCCUCUUCAUCUUCCUCAUCAUCCUCCUCCUCAGGCUCCUCUGCUAUCAUCUGAAGAGACGAGGGUGAAGCCUUAUAGAUGGAGAAACUGUAAGGUGCAGUGAACACGUUCUCCGAUUUCUCUGCUUUUUCCACAGUUGGUUUCAGAUCAACAUCUCAUCAGUCGUGCUUUGAAGUUCUUGGUGCUUGAAGUCCUGCACUCGGAAAUGUACAGGCAUAACACAGGACAUGGCCGCCAAAUACGUCUAGAUGUAAAAUGUUUACCAAAUGUGACUGAAGUCGCUCUGCUUUUAAGCAAAACAGGUAAGCAUUUCAUCAUCAAAUAAAAAAAAAAAAAAUGAAGAAACCUUAUCGUGUUUUAGUGGUUCUCAAAUGAUUUUGCUUCACAACUCAAGUCAAAAAUGGUUUAUCUUAAAAAAAAAACCUAUUGCAUUCAUUUGAUGUUGUGGUAGUGUAUUAUUUUUAUAUAAUAUUGUAGAUUUUUUAAUAACAUUUUCAACUAGCUGUAAUUUUUAUAUUUUCUGUUUCAAUUUUAAUUUUAGUAAAUGUAUGUGAUUUUUGUCAUUUUUGACAAAAUAUUAUUAUUAAAAAUGUACUUUUUUUUUUCUUUUAGCUUCAAAAUGAUUUUUUUUUUUUUUUUUUUAGUUUGGUUAUAGUAAUUUAGUACUACAACUUCACACUCAGUUGUCAAAGCAAUUCUAUUUUUUCUGUUUCAGCUUCAUUUCAGUUGGCAAACAAAAUUUUUAGUAGUUUUUAAUUAACAAUAACAACAAUGUAAAAUUAAAAUUAAAAUAUUUAAUAAUUCAGAUUUUUUUUUAGUUAAGAAGUUGUUUUUUUUCCCCAGAUCCACUAAUUGAGAACCACUCAUCUAAAAGCAUUUAGCCUCAAAGCAGAACUGUGGGAAAACAAGUCAUCCAAAGAAAAAACUAAACCUGUUUGAACAGAUUGCUGUGCAUUUUUUUAGCCAGUAAUAUUCUUGAUUUUUAGCAUUGUACCUACAGUGACUCUUUGUGAUUCAUCCCCUGAAUCACAUCAUAUAUGUAUAUAGAUUACACAGUAUAUAUAUAUAUUCUCCUGAUUCUAACAGGCAUGAUCACUAGACUCUAGUGCUGAAAUUAUAUAUCAGAAAAUGUGAGUUUGCCACAUAAUUGUGCCUACUCAUGUUAUUCAGAGACGUCAUGGCGAGAUUCUGCUGGCAGAGUCUUUCUGUGUGAAAUCCUCACUAGAUGGUCAUCAAGUUUAUAUUUUUCACUACAGUGUAGUUUGGAUAUUGAAUUGAGUGGCAAAGCAUUUACACAUUUAGUGAAUGCUGAAGGGAUAGUUUUGUCAUUAUUUACACACCCUCAUGUCUCUGCAGAAUUUAUGUUUUUCUCAUUAGUUUCUCAUAUUAAAAACAGAAGAGAGAAAGUUAGAAGUUUGGACUGAUGUGGAGGUGAGUGAAUGAUGAGAGGAUGUGUUUUUGAGUGCAUUGACAUUUUAAAUGUUUUGUGUAAAGAUCUGGAUCUUGUGCUAAUUCAGUGCUGCUCCAUGUGUCUGAACUGUCAUUUAGACUUGAUACUAAAUAUCACACAAUCAACUGUCGUUCUGUAGAACGAAACUGUAAUGAAAGGAAAUGCUUAUCAACAUUUAAAUUUAAAUAUAAUAGCAAAAAUGACUUGUUUUGCUUAUUAAAUUUUUGAUUUAAAACUC